UCGGCUGCGUGUCCUGCGCAGCGCCUGGGAUGGCUCCUUAAGGCCGCCGGCCGAGGCUGUGGCGACACCGCUGCCGGAACAGCCGUGCAGGCGGCCGGAGCCAGCCGGGAUGUGGCUUCCUUCCCCCGCGCCCCUGGGAGGAGUGACGGAGGGGGAGGCUCCGCUCCGGACACUGCGCACCAUAAAGCCAGGCUGCAGGCCGGCCUCACGGGUGGGGGCACCCCGGCAGAGACCCUCGCACGGCUCCGUGCCAGCCGCCAGCCCUCCCUGGGCUGCUCAUCCCACGGCCGCAGGGUGCAAGUCUUGCAAGCCUCGCCGUCCGAAGCUGUUCUCAGGCAGAGAGAGCCGGUGGUGGAGCGCAGCAUGGCAAAGAAGGUGGCCAUCAUCGGCGGGGGCAGCAGUGGGCUGUGUGCCAUCAAAGCCUGCCUGCAAGAGGGGCUGGAGCCCGUCUGCUUCGAGAGGACCGGCGACAUCGGAGGCCUCUGGAGGUUUGAGGAGCGCCCCGAGGACGGCCGUGCCAGCAUCUACCGCUCCGUCAUCAUCAACACCUCCAAGGAGAUGAUGUGCUUCAGCGACUUCCCCAUCCCUGAGGACUUCCCCAACUACAUGCACAACUCCAAGAUCAUGGAGUAUUUCCGCAUGUACGCCCAGCACUUCGACCUGCUCCGCCACAUCCGCUUCAGGACCAGCGUGUGCCGCGUGUCCAAGCGUCCCGACUUCGCCAGCAGCGGCCAGUGGGAGGUGGUGACGGAGAGCCAGGGGAAGCAGGAGGCGGCCGUCUUUGACGCCGUGCUGGUGUGCAGUGGGCACCACACCGACGCACAUCUCCCUCUCAGUUCCUUCCCAGGAAUUGAGAAGUUCAAGGGCCGCUACCUCCAUAGCCGAGACUACAAGGAUGCUCAGGCUUUCACAAACAAAAGGGUUGUUGUCAUCGGGAUCGGGAAUUCAGGGUCAGACCUGGCUGUGGAGAUCAGCCAAACCGCCCAGCAGGUCUUCCUCAGCACCCGCCGGGGUGCGUGGAUCCUCAACCGCGUUGGAGAUCAGGGCUACCCCAUCGACACCAUCUUAACCACCCGCAUCAAGACAUUCCUGCAGGGGCUGUUAAGUUUAUCUGUGGCAUGUGACUACAUGGAGAGCAAGCUGAAUGCCAGGUUCGACCACUCACGUUACGGCCUGAAGCCAAAGCACAGGGUCUUUCACCAGCACCCUACAGUCAACGAUGACCUGCCCAACCGCAUCAUUUCGGGCCGGGUGCGGGUGAAGCCGAACAUCCAGGAGUUCACGGAGACAUCUGCCAUCUUUGAGGAUGGCACCAGGGAAGACGUCGAUGCCGUAGUUUUUGCCACGGGAUACAGCUUCUCCUUCCCGUUCCUCGAGGGCUUCAAGGUGGUGGAGAACCAGAUUCCCCUCUACAAAUUCAUGUUCCCCCCUGACCUGGAGAAGCCGACGCUGGCUUUCAUUGGCUUCAUCCAGCCCCUGGGUGCCAUCAUGCCCAUCUCCGAGCUCCAGUGUCGCUGGGCCACCCGUGUCUUCAAAGGUCUGAGCGAGCUGCCCCCGCAGCACGACAUGGAGGCUGACAUUGAGCAGAAGAAAGAAGCGAUGGCAAAGCGGUACGUGAAGAGCCAGCGCCACACCAUCCAGGUGGAUUACAUCCCUUACAUGGAUGAGCUCGCCUGCCAGCUGGGAGUCAAGCCCAACCUGCUCACCCUGUUCCUCACAGACCCCAAGCUGGCGAUGGAGGUGGCCUUUGGGCCCUGCACGCCGUACCAGUACCGGCUGCGGGGCCCGGGCGCGUGGCCAGGGGCCAGGGAGGCCAUCCUCACCCAGCAGCAGCGCAUCCUCAAGCCCCUGCAGACACGACACGUGGAAGAGAGCACCUCAGCCCCUACCAUGCCCCUCAUCUUCAAGCUGGUUGGGGCUGUGGCCAUCCUGGCAGCUGUUUUUGCUUACUUGUAGAUGCCCUGCAAGGGCAGGAAGGGAGGCUUUGCAAUGUGCUGUGGGACUGGCUGGUCACUGCUGCCCCUUGGCUGUCUGUGCACCCACAUGGUGGCAGAAACCUUCCUCCCGCCUGGCAUGGCCCAGCUGUGACCACAGCGUGAGCUAGGGAUGCACAGAACCUCCCCAGCUGCCAAAAUAAUGCUUGGGCUCCUGCUUUGCACCUCCCCUUUGGGAGUGCUGUCAUGGACAGAGGAGGAAACCUGCUCACUGCAGGCUAAAUUCCAGCCCCCCUCAGCCAGUGCUCCAGGCUUUUCUGUCCCCUGUAACCCAGCUGUGCCAAUUUUGCCACACGCAGCAGAGCUAAGCAGCAAAGGCACAGCACACUUUCUAAGUGGAUAAAUGCAUUAAACAGCCAA